CACUCUGGUAACUCUAAAACCAGGGGUGUGGGUACAAAAGAUAAAUAAAUAUUGAAAAUGGACAAGGAAAAGUUAAUUGUGCCUAAUCAAAUUGGCUACCUGAUACUUAAAGAUGAUGGAGCAGUUCUUGAAUCAGGUGGAGAGCUAAAAAACGACGAACACAGUGCAGAAGUGAUAAUGGGUCUGCUAAACUUGACAGAAAGUAUCGACGAAACCUUUAUGCCGAACUCCAGCUGCGAAAGGAUCACUAUCGACUACGAGCAGCACUACUACAGCAUCUGCAUGUCUAACCGUCGAAUAUAUAUCGUUAAAAUCAGCAAAUCCCAAAACGGAGUCACCACGACCACGAGCUCCUCUUCAUCCAACAGUGUUUAUAACGAUGCCAGCGAUUCGGGGGCGGUGCUGGCUUGAAAUCCAAAUUCGGAUGCCCGAUCCACUUGCCGAUUUUGCUGGCAGGGAAACGAGCAAAGACCCCACAAUUGGCGCACUCCCAUUCUAUAUCUGAUCCUUCUCUUUAUUUGUCAAAGAAUACAUCAUCUGUGAGCUCCUGCUCGAAAA